AUGGGGCUCAUCGGUCGCACCCUCAAGCUCUCCACCUACACCGGGCUGGCCUCGGUCGGCGCUUUCUUCGCCUACACGCGCAACGACCGCUUCGAGCCCAUGACCACAAGCGACUCUAUCUUCAGCCACCCGUUCUACCUCAAAUUCAACCCGUCUAAGAACCCCACUACGCACGAUCUCUGCGUCCGCCGCGUGCCCCUGUCUGAGAUCAACCCAUCGCUGCUGGAGAAGAAGGGCAAGCUCGUCGAGGCGUUUUGCGCCGGUGUUUGGAGCGGCUGGGGAUACGCAUUCCAACGAGCCUACCUCUCGCGCAAGUACGAAGCCGCCGAUACCGCAUCACACCUGUGGUCCAACGAGCAGCUGUCAAACUCGACUUAUGACGUUGGAACCUUGAUCACCGACCACUUCGAAGUCGUCGAGAAGACGUCUGACCGCAUCGUCGUUCGCUGCGGUGACUCGCCCCGUCGUCAGGACGUGCGCGGCUCAGACGGCCUUUUUGAGAUCUCCGCCGUCGUCAAGCCCGAGGAAGGAAUCGCGGAGUUCGGUCUUAAGAGCUGCUUCUACAAGGGAUUGGGCAAGGCCGAGGGGGAGCCGAUGCCCCCGCAUAUUGCUUGGUUGCAUCAGCAGUAUACGAAGCUUUGGGCGGAGACGGCCCUAUACAAGGUUCGGAGGUAG